AACUUGAGUAGGUUUUAUCCACGGCGAUUUGUACUGAACGGCGCAAGGCAAAAUUCAGAGUUUUCACGGUGCGAAACGCACGGUAGAAAAAGGGGCGCUCCCUUUCCACCGCACGAGAAGAAGAGUCAGGCUACUUGCUGUUGGCUGUUCGCGCGGAGAGGAUCGAAGAAAGGGAAGAGGAGGAACGCCGCUCGCUUCUCGGAUCUGCUGCUUGCUGCUCAGAUCUCACGCAGGAAGCAAGUUGAGGGGAAGAGAGAAAGGAUCGUAGGUAUUGGCUCUUGGGUGGUAUCCAGAGGGACGGAUUCUGCGCUGGAGUAGGCUGGGUUUCGUCAGGCGGAGUACGCGGAUAUCAAUCAUUUGAGCUUCUAGUUGUGAUAAGGCUUCCAUGGCAGCGUCUGAAGAGAACAGCUCUUUGUUUCCAAUCUUUAUACUUACGAUCAUGGCAAUACCUAUAGUGCCUUAUACAAUCCUCAGGCUGUGUCGUGCUUUUACAAAGAAAACAAAGACUAUUCAUUGCCAGUGCAACGUAUGUUCCCAUUCAGGGAAGUACCAAAAAUCCAUUUUCAAACGUAUAUCAAACUUUUCAACUUGUAGCAAUUUGACACUUUUGCUGCUUUGGGUUCUCAUGGGGAUCCUGGUUUAUUACAUCAAACAUAUAAGCCGCGAGAUUCAACCAUUUGAACCAUUUAGCAUUCUGGGAUUAGAGCCUGGAGCUUCUGAUUCAGAAAUAAAGAAAGCAUACCGAAGGUUGUCAAUUCUGUAUCAUCCAGAUAAAAAUCCUGAUCCAGAGGCUCAUAAAUAUUUUGUGGAUUUCAUAUCUAAGGCAUAUCAAGCAUUGACUGAUGCUAUUUCUCGUGAAAAUUUUGAGAAAUAUGGCCACCCAGAUGGAAGACAGGGUCUUCAAAUGGGGAUUGCUCUACCUCAGUUCUUACUCAAGUUUGAUGGGGUAUCUGGUGGUGUACUAUUGCUUAGCAUUGUUGGAGUUUGUAUACUGUUGCCUUUAUUGAUAGCAGUUAUAUAUCUCUCAAGGUCGGCAAAAUAUACUGGAAAUUAUGUUAUGCAUCAAACUUUGUCCACCUACUACUAUUUCAUGAAACCUUCUUUGGCUCCAAGCAAAGUUAUAGAUGUCUUCAUCAAGGCUGCUGAGUAUUUGGAAAUUCCAGUUCGCAGAAGUGAUGAUGAACCCCUUCAGAAACUGUUUCUUGCAGUUAGAAGUGAACUGAAUCUUGACCUUAAAAACAUCAAGACUGAGCAAGCAAAGUUUUGGAAGCAACAUCCAUCCCUUGUUAAGAUGGAAUUACUGAUUCAAGCUCACUUAACUCGUGAAUCAACCAUGUUAUCUUCAUCGCUAUUGAAUGAUUACAAACAAAUGCUUGAGCUUGCACCUCGCCUCCUGGAAGAACUGGUGAAGAUUGCUGUAAUGCCACGUAGCCCCCAUGGACAUGGAUGGCUGAGGCCAGCAAUUGGAAUUGUUGAGCUUUCACAAUGCAUCAUCCAGGCUGUGCCUCUAAGUGCACGGAAAGCAACUGGAGGAUACCCUGAAGGCCUUGCACCAUUUUUGCAACUUCCAUAUUUCAGUGAGUCUACUGUCAAAAAAAUUGCCCGAAAGAAAGUGCGGACUUUCCAAGAACUACGAGACAUGACUAUUAAUGAUCGGGUGGAGCUGCUGACUCAGGUUGCUGGACUUUCUGCUCUUGAAGCACGUGAUGUUGAGUAUGUGCUCGAAAUGAUUCCAUCUAUUGAAGUGGAUAUUACUUGUGAGACUGAAGGGGAAGAAGGCAUACAAGAGGGUGACAUUGUUACGAUGUAUGCUUGGGUAACUCUUAAGCGUGCUAAUGGCCUGAUAGGUGCCCUUCCUCAUGCUCCCUAUUAUCCUUUCCACAAGGAGGAGAACUUUUGGAUGCUGCUUGCUGAUCCAGUCUCAAAUGAUGUUUGGAUAUCGCAAAAGGUGAACUUCAUGGAUGAGGCUACUGCUAUUUCUGGGGCAUCAAAGGCAAUUCAAGAAACACGGGAGAGUCUGGGUGCUAGUGUGAAGGAAAUCAAUGUCGCAGUGAGAGAAGCUGUGGAGAAGGUGAAGAAUGGGUCGAGACUCGUGAUGAGCAAGUUUCAGGCUCCUUCUGAAGGAAGCUACAAUCUGACCUGUUUCUGUUUGUCUGAUACAUGGCUAGGGUGUGAUAGAAAGACUAGUAUAAAAUUGAAAAUUUUGAAGCGAAGUCGAGCUGGUACACGGGGUCAUGUUGUGGAGGAAGGACCAACAGCAGAUGAAGGGAUUGAAGAAGAAGAAGAGGAGGAAGAAGAAGAGUAUGAUGAUUAUGAGAGCGAGUACAGCGAUGAUAUGGAUGAUGAGAAAGAUAAGAAAGGAAAGAAGGCAAAUGGUGUUGCCAAUAAGAAAGCAGAAUCAAGCCCGGAAGCUUCAGGCAGUGAUGAUGACUGAAGAAUCAUAUUUCACCUUCCCACGGUCGAACACAUUCUCUGCCUGAAAAUUUUCAAACACUAAUGCCCUCCAGUUCACUUUUCAUACACAUUUUGAAUAAUAAUCAUGCUGUUAACUAUGCGCCCUAGCACUCAAAACCCCCGUGGAAGUUCAUGUUAAACUGCAGCACAAGGCAAUUGAAUCGAGUCAGUAAAUUAAACGGGAUUGCCAAAUGCCAAUGCUUCUGGGCAAUUUUGAUGUUCACCGGUUUUAUGUUAGUGAUCGGUGUGUGGGGGUGAACCUUAUGAAUUCCAAGUGCUAAUCUCGGUGGCACAUUGUUUAUUUUUGAUAUGCUUGCAAAUUACAUACAUUAAAACAGGUGAAAUCAAACGGUAGACGGCUGAAAAGUGCCCUAAGAUUAUCAUUAUUUUUUAAAAAAUUAUGUUUUUUUUUA